AUGGAUCCUCACACGUUGAUCGCCGCGGCGCUGGUCUGCGCAGCAUGGUACCCUCGAGCGAUGCGCAACCUCUACCACACCAUCAAGAUCGGCAGCCGCACAAGUUACAACCUGCUGUUCAAGCAGUGUCACGCGUCACCACGCGUCAAACAGUGGCUCGCGAGCACAUGCGAGCUGACGGUAGACGAGCCGUGGGAUCCCUAUAGAGACGUGCACAUGAACAACCUUAAGGCCCAGGAAAAGGCACUACCGUCCGCGCUCGCUGGUCUGAUGCCUCGUGUACGCAUCCUUCACAUCUCCAGUGAAGGACUUCGCUUCAUCCGCACGGAUUUCUUCCUCGCCCUGUCGAGCUGCGGCGGAUUGUGUCUGCCUUCCCCCAGCUCACAGAUCUCACGAUGCAAUCUGUUUGGUUCGUUAAACAUGCUGCCAGUUAUGCGGGAGCCUCACUGUUUCGACCACCAUCUCACAUGCGUCUUCGAUGCCUUACCGUCAGCGUGGAUGAUAAACACAUGGUGAUCAGACCUCUGCACCUUCCGUCCAUGGCACUUAGUACACCACCUAACCAACUCCUCGAAACGGCGGGGACAUCGUUGACCCGUUUCUACGAGGUGUUCUAUGGUCUCACGUAAACCUGUUUCAUAACACCGCCUUGCAAUCCUUGGACUUCUUUCUGCGUGACAUCAAACACACGCCUGAAGACGAGGGGCCUCGCGUGGCGUGGACCAAAGCAACGGACGAGUUACACGGCGUAUUCUCCACCGUCCGAAGCCGUCAGCUCGAGCACAUCGGGGUUGACGUUGCGCUUGACGUCGACCUCAGCAUUCUCGAGUCUGAGGAGCUAGGCGCUGUCCUCGAGAAGCUCGACCUGCGGGACCUGCACGAGGUCAU